GCGCUUGUUUUAUUUGGUUCCACCUCCAGUUGAUUAUAAGAUACUAAUAAGGUGGCCAACUAGCAGGGAUUAUGUAUGGCGAAGAAAUAUAAACCAUACACAUCUUGCGGAGGUUAAAGGAGGACAAAAUUGGGUGCAUGAGAAGGAUCAACUUUGGUGGCUUUCGGGUGGUGGAACUCAUUUUAAGUAUGAAGCUACUGAAUAUAUUGAGAGGUUAGGAAAUAUGACUACUAACGAGCCAGGUGACCUACGUGCAGCAGGGGUAUAUCAAGUGUUUGAUGUUGGUUGUGGGGUUGGUAGUUUCUCUGCUUAUCUUCUUCCACUUAAUAUAGAAACACUGUCUUUUGCUCCUAAAGAUGGUCAUGAAAAUCAAAUUCAGUUUGCUUUGGAACGAGGAAUUGGUGUUAUGAUAUCCGCUAUAGCGACGAAAUAGCUACCAUAUCCAAGUAACUCUUUUUACAUGGUCCAUUGUUCAAGAUGUUGAGUUGAUUGGCAUGAUAAUGAUCAAGGUGAAUGAUCUAAUGGAUCCUAAAGGUGGAAAGAAGACUAGUAGUAAAUCUUCACUCUACGAAGCACCCCUCGGCUACAGUAUUGAAGAUGUUCAACCAAACGGUGGAAUCAAGAAGUUCAGACCUGCUUCUUACUCCAACGUAUGUGUCUGGAUUUCAUUUGUUUUGGAUAUGAUCCUUAGAGAAUGAGCAUUAAUAAUUCUAUAGUUCUGAUUACUUGCAACCUUCUUGGUUUUUAUAUGUGUAGUGCGCGCGCAAACCCUCCUGACAUUCCUUAAACUUCUAUCUAGCACGUGUCUCUUGGCACAAAAAAAUUCCCAAAAAAGUUACUUCUGUCAAUUAGUUCGGGUUAAACCCUCGCUCCCUUUUUUCUCUCCUUCGGCUGCUUUCUGCAUUUUCUCUCCUUGGUUGUGAACAAUUUCCUUUAAAAGAUCAUUAGUUUUCAUGAGUAUUAUAUCUAUAAUUUCCCUCAAUAUCACCUCCUCCUUAUUCUCCUUUGCAAAUAGGGCAUGAGUUCUUAGUAUUUGGGAGGAGUGCUUUGUUUGUAGAUGUACCUGUAGUUAUAGUGUUAUGCAUGUGUCUUGUAGUUUCUUGCUCGUGGUGUUUAGGUGAUGGUCAUUAUUUUUUCUUACCCAAGUUCAAGUUAUAUAAUAGGAAAUUGAUUAUUUCUAUCUACAAUGUGAGUGUUGUUUUUAGUCAGAAAAUUUACUAAAGCAAGUGGAGCUUGAACAAAACUCACAAAUGACUGAAUGAGCUCAAUGUCUAACUAGUUUCUUUAAUGAAUUUGAACUCCAGUUCGUCUCAUUUGUCUAAACAAGCAGAGUUGAGCUUGCAAGUUCAGAGAAUGCACAAGCUCAUUAUUAUUUUG